CUCAUCCACCAAUCAGACCAGAACACCGCAGUGUGCGUCAGCAAGUUCAGUACUCGCUUCACUGUUCGCUAAGGAAGAAGGGUCACCGUCGUCAGAGAGCAGAUACUUCACGUGUCCUCACCGUCUGCAUUCAGCCUCCAUGAUGACUUGUACUCAUCUACUGUUCAUGAUAAGCCUGGCUGUCAGUUCAGGAGCAGCCGUGGAGGUCCAAAGGCCUCGAGGAGUACCACUCUCAAAACGACAGUUCUAUGAGGAAAACAAGCCAUUCACCUGUCUGGAUGGCUCCCGCACAAUUCCAUUUGACCGAGUGAAUGAUGACUAUUGUGACUGCAAAGAUGGUUCAGAUGAGCCAGGCACGGCUGCAUGUCCCAACGGAAGCUUCCAUUGCACUAAUGCUGGCUUCCGGCCCACCUUUAUUCCGUCCUCCCGCAUUAAUGAUGGCAUCUGUGAUUGCUGUGACACCACUGAUGAGUACAACAGUGGGGCCAAAUGUGAAAACACUUGCAAGGAACUGGGCCGAAAGGAGCGGGAGGUUCUGCAGAAAAUGGCUGAGAUCACCAAAGAGGGAUUCCUUCUAAAACAGCAGCUCAUUCAAGAAGCUAAGAACAGACAGCAAGAAAAGCAGAGCAAGCUGACUGAACUGCAAAACAAUAAGAAGGAGCUGGAGGAGAAAGUGGAGGCGUUGAGGACUGUUAAAGAGACAGCGGAGCAGCCGGAGAAAGAAGCCAAAGAGCGCCAUCUGAAGGCCUGGGAAGAACAAAAGGCAAUCAUCCAUGCGGAGAAGGACAAAGCUAAAAUGGCAGAGGCUUUUCUUGAGCUGGAUGAUGAUGCAGAUGGCUUUGUUGCGGUUGCUGAGCUACAGACCCAUGCAGAGCUUGACACAGACGCUGAUGGCACUGUUUCUGAGACAGAGGCCCAGGGGCUGCUUGGAGGAGUUGACCGUGUAGACACAGCUUCCUUUGAGAAUGUGUGGAAUAAUAUUAAGGACAAGUAUGUCUCAGAGUCACAGCCUGUGGAGCCAGCGCCAGUGGACGCUCCACCUGAAGAAGGCAGUAAGCCCCUCGCAGAUAACGACUCUGAGCAGUACCCUAGUGACGACGAUGUCCAGGAAGAGGAAGAUGAGGAUGAUGAGGAAGAAGAUGAUUACCCUGAGGAAGACUUUGACAAGGCUCCCCCCACCAUUAAAACUCCACCGAAAAAAGAUGAAGAUGAGGAAGCCAUGCCACCAUAUGACGAUGAGACUCAGGUCCUAAUUGAUGCUGCUCAGAAAGCCAGGGACAACUUUGAAGAAUCUGAGAGAGCUCUGCGUGAUGUGGAUGAUCAGAUAAAAAACAUCGAAAAAGAGAUUUCCUUUGAUUUUGGGCCUGAUGCGGAGUUCUCCUACCUUUACAGCCAAUGCUAUGAGCUCUCCACUAGCGAGUAUAUCUACAAGUUAUGUCCGUUUAACCGCGUGUCCCAGAAACCCAAGUAUGGAGGCUCAGAGACCAACCUUGGGACAUGGGGAACCUGGGCGGGACCUGAGGAUAAUAGGUACCUGGUGAUGAAGUAUGAACAUGGUACCGGGUGCUGGCAGGGUCCUAACAGGUCUACCACAGUGAAAUUGACCUGUGGGAAAGAGACCACAGUGAUGUCAACGUCUGAGCCCAGCCGCUGCGAGUACCUCAUGGAGUUCACCACACCCGCCGUGUGCCAGGAGCCGGACGCUGUCAACUCCUUACUGCAUGGCCACGAUGAGUUCUAGAGCACGCGCUCUUUGUGUACUCAGUGGUUGUUCUUUGGGGACCACGCCUGCAACUGUCAUCCAGUCGGCAUGUCUGCUGUAAUCAACCCAAGAUCACCUGUUGGUGAAAAUCAUAGCAGUAGUUGUCAUGUCUCCUGUUUUGUUGUUAGUUUGUUUUUACUUAUAAAGAACUCACAUUCCAUCCAUUAUGUUGCAAAUAAAGUUCAAUUUUAAUGUGAAGGCCCCA